AUCAGUCGACCGUGUGCGGUUCGAAGUGAUCUUGUUCGUCUGAGAAACACAGACCACGUUCAUAAUGAAAUCGAUGGUGGUGUUGUUCGCUUUGGUGGCGGCUGCCUGCGGUUCCCUAGUGCCGCUGGCUCAACCUGCCCACCACCCCGCUAUAGUGUUGGACCCCCACGGUCGCCCACUUGACACCGCUGAGGUGAUCGGCGCCCGUGCCGUCCACCUCCAAGCUAAGGCCCUGGAAGGACACUAUGCUCCUCUCGCACACUCCGUGGUCGCCGCUCCCCUCGCACACUCCGUAGUCGCCGCUCCCCUCGCUCACUCCGUGGUAGCCGCCCCCGCCGUGGUCGCCGCUCCCGCCGCCGCCGUGUCUCACCAAUCGCGUGUGGAUGUGCGCACCAGCCCCGCUGUUGUAUCCCACUCAGUGGUCGCCCCUGUGGUCGCUCACGCUGCCCCCGUUGUCGCGCACUCCGCCUACGCCGCACCCGUCCUCGGUCAUGGUGUCCAUGGACUCGGACACGGACUCGGACUCGGACACGGACUCGGACACCUGCUGAAGAAGCGCUCAUUGGGUCACCUCGCCUACAGUGCUCCUUUGGUCGCUCACGCCGCCCCCGUCCUCGCCGUUGCACCUUCCGCCGUCUCCCACCAGUCCCGCGUGGAUGUACGCACUAGCCCCGCUGUGGUUGCUCACUCUGUGGCCGCCCCUGUGGUCGCUCACGCCGCGCCAGUAGUAGCCCACGCCGCCCCAGUCCUGGCUGUAGCACCCUCUGCCGUGUCCCACCAGUCACGUGUGGAUGUGCGCACCAGCCCCGCUGUGGUGUCACAUUCAGUUGUCGCCCCCGUAGCACACAGUGUUUAUGCCGCACCUCUCGCGCAUUCCUCCUACCUCCAUUCCUCUCCUUUGGUCCAUGGCUGGUGAAAAGUGAACCUGACGAACCUAAGAAUUAGUGAAUAAGAAAAAUGUAAAAAAAAUAAAUUAAUUUUCUAACUAACAUAUUUCUUUCAAUUACUACCACAAUUUAGAUAUCGUCUUUGAAGAUUUGUAUGAAAAUUUACAAAAAUAUAGAGGACUGACCUACCAAAUAACAUAAU